UGUCAAAGUCACAUCAAUGAAUGAAAUCAUUACCGGUGUAGUAAAUCCGGUAAGAAAAAACGUACCUAAUUUGCAAAGUUUGUAAUAAUUUUUCUUGCGUUCCAAUUUACAUGUAGAUAAAAUUGAAUUAGUAUAAAAAUGACGACAAUAAAAGUAAGCAACGAACAAGAAAUUAUAAAUAAAUUGUCAUCAUACAUAGAAAAGAUAUCUGGUGAUGCUAUUCUCAAUAGAGGAAAGUUUUUUGUUGGCCUCUCGGGAGGCUCUGUUGUCAAAUAUCUCUGCGAGAGUCUACCCCGGAUAGACACGGAAUGGUCAAAAUGGGUGUUAGCAUUUUGCGAUGAACGAGUAGUGCCCGAAGACAGUGAGGAUUCUACAUUUGGGACUUACAAAAGGCAGCUCCUACCAAAAACUGAUUUGAAUGAAAGUCAGUUUAUUGUUAUAAAGCCAGGUGUUACAGUCGACGAAGCAGCUAAAGAUUAUUCGGAAAAGUUGAAAGCGGCUUUCGGUAGCGACAAUAUCAAGUUUGACCUGCUCCUCCUGGGCAUGGGACCGGAUGGCCACACUUGUUCCCUGUUCCCGGGACACCGUCUCCUCGAAGAGAAAACACUACGAGUGGCUCCCAUCACGGACUCACCGAAGCCACCUCCCGAACGAGUGACUCUGACAUACCCGGUUAUAAAUAACGCAAGGAACUGUUUGUUCGCUAUCAGCGGAGCGGGGAAAGCUGAAAUGGUCAAGCGCAUUAUUAAAGACAAGGAGGACCUACCCGCCGGCAGGGUGAAGCCUACAUCAGGUUCUCUCUAUUGGAUAGUGGACGACGCGGCCGCAACUUACUUAUAACAUCCGCGACUUAUGUUCUCAUUGCGACGAGCUGUGAGACACAUCUCAUACAUAAUUUAAUAAAAAAUCUCAUAAUUAAAGAUCGGAAUAGGUAGAUUGAAUUGGGGUCAAUGAACUGAAACGUAUAUACUGCCGUGGUAUAACUAAAAUGCCGUUAUCUGACAUCAGGAUUUACACCUUUUUACCAGUAAAAUAAGAAAAAGAAAUCUCUUUCGAUCUGUAUAUACGACUUUUUGGUACCUUUAAGUCGAAAAUAGACGUUCUCAUUGAUGAAUGGCAUCAGUUUAAAUUUUUACCGCAGUUUUUGACGUUUUACUUAAAACAAGGAUUUGGCAGAUAACGGCAUUUUAGUUAUACCAGGGCAGUAUAUUAAUAUGGACAUGCCUCCGUCCGGGAUUGCGGGAUUUGUAAAUUAUUAGGAUUUUUUCCGGAAUUUUUACAAGUGGGAUGAAGAAUAUAUUAGUGGUAGCUGUUUUCCCCCGACUUCGUUCACGUAAAUUGUAGUCCUAUGUUACCCGCGGACAAUGUAGUUUACUGUAAGUGUAAGUACUGAAAUGGAAUCGCGGAAAGAGGCUUAUCCAUGUUAUACUUUCUAUGGUAAUUCAUGAUGCAAGUACAUAAAAUCAAUCUACCUAUUCCGAUCUCUGUUCAUAACGCAUUCUCGUUAAAGGCUCGAGCACACUAAAAAGGAACAGGUUUUAGAAACAUCGCAAUUGUAUCAUCUCAUCUCAAUUCUAUCAUUAAGCCUAACAGCUGAACGUGACCUAAAGGUCUUUUUAGGGUUGCUAGACAGUCCUGCUACUAAUUUGACCUGAUAUUUGGGUAAAAGGAGUUUUGGGACCAAAAACGAUAUAUUAAUCAUUCCAUGUGGUGCUUUUUUUUAUUAACAUUGUUAAUAAUGUUUUAUUGUUCAUUAAUAAAUUUAUUUUAUAAAUUGUU